AUGUCUCUCAAAUCUGUUGUCUACUGUGAUGUAUGCACUUACCCCCUAGAUUACUGUGAGUUUUCCGGGAAGUUGAAGCGUUGUAAGGUCUGGGUGCAAGAAAAGCAUCCAAGUCUGUAUUCCAAAUAUUACGACGAUGCAGCGGUCGAAGAAACAACCAGCAAGCUGGCCGCCAGCUCCAUUGGCGACGAACGUGAAGAAAAACUGGAAAAGGACCUCAAGAGACUGCAGUCCAAACAAGAAAACCGCGAACAACGAGAAUUGGCGAAAAAGCUUUCGUCCAAAGUGAUCAUUAGAAGAGAAGCCCGUACUAAACGGAAAAGUAUGGUAGCCAUUAGUGGGCUUGAGGUGUUUGAAAUCGAUAUGAAGAAGUUGGCCAAGACGUUUGCAUCGAAAUUCGCUACGGGCUGCUCAGUUUCCAAGAACGCCGAGAAAAAGGAAGAAAUUGUCAUCCAAGGUGAUCUGGCAGACGAAGUCGAGGCCUACAUCCACAAAUUGCUGGAGGAAAAGGGAAUGAAAGACGUUAAAGUCGAGAAGAUUGACACGAAAAAGAAGAAGAAACCUACCACAAAUGCUGAUGGGACUCCGGCAGAGGAGUGA